AUAUUUGACAUUUCUCAAAUGUCAACUUUGAAAUUUCGCAUUUUUCGCGGUGUUUUGAUAUAAAAAUACAAAAUGCAUUAAAUAUCAAUUUCUUUCUUUCUUUCCUGAAUUAUUUUAAAAUACGAAUAGUGUUGAAAUCGAUUUUUAGAGCAUCAGAGUUGAUGGCAAACAAACCAAGUGUUCUUAUAAAAAGGACAAUGUUUUCAAAUUCCUGUUGUUCCAGACAUAUUUGAUCUUUGGUUCUUAUCCCACUUUAAAGCUUAGUCCUUGUAUAAAAGAAGAAAUUCCACUACCGCUAAAAUGUCAUUAAACCUUCCGCCAGAUAUGUGUCUUCUUGAAUCCCAAGUCGCCGGGCAUACAAUUGAAACUACAUCACAGAAAUAUGGUAUGCUCCGAAACUUGUCUGGUUUAUAUGUCUUCAAACCGCUAUCAAAACCCCUCUAUGCCGAGAGAGAAAUUGCAUUUUAUAAACAAAUCAAAGAAGCACCAUCUGAUGAUGAGCUUCAGCAGUUUGUUCCUCGUUACGAGGGUCAUUAUGAAUUUGAUAUCGAUGGGAGGAAGCAAUUAUUCAUCAAAAUGGAGAAUUUGACAUGUUCCAUGAAGAAACCAUGUGUCAUUGAUAUUAAAAUCGGCCGAAGAACUUGGGAUCCACUUGCCACUGCCAAUAAGAUCACAAUGGAGGAACUCAAGUAUGCCGCUUGUAAGAAUACCAUUGGCCUAUGUAUUCCCGGAUUUCAAAUUUACAACUCUGCUGAUAGCGAAUGUAUGAAAUAUGGAAAAGAAUUUGGCAAGAAUUUAAAUCCGAAAAGUUUUGCCGACACUUUGAAGAUGUUCCUAAAUGCUCAAAAUAUAUGUUAUAAGCCUUUAAUCAAAACCAUUCUUAAUCAAUUGUAUGGAUUGCAAAAAUGGUUCACUGCUCAAAGAGAGGUAAAUUUUUAUUCCAGUUCAAUUUUAAUAGCAUACGAUUAUGAAGCAUUAAAAUUGAAAUUAGAAGAAGAUUUGUGUGCUUCAACUACCACAAAUGGUGCCGCUGGUCAAAGAAAAAAACCAAAAAUAGACUCAGAUUUGAAUUCAUGGAUUAAAGUGAAAAUUAUAGAUUUUGCACAUGUUUUUGAGUCAGAAAAGAAGACAUGUGAUGCAAAUUAUUUAUUUGGAUUGCAAAAUCUCAUUUAUAUGCUACAAGAUAUAUUAAUUAGUAAUUGGUAGAUUGGUAGAUUUAAGCAUUCCUACUUAUGUAUUUGAUAAUAAAAUUAUGUUCUUAUUGAA